CUCAGUACUCAAAACCUAACAGAAAAAAAUGUCUUAUGCAUACCUCUUCAAAUUCAUAAUAAUCGGAGACACCGGAGUCGGAAAAUCAUGCCUUCAACUUCAAUUCACUGACAACCGCUUUCAACCUGUCCAUGACGUAACAAUUGGGGUCGAAUUCGGCACAAGGAUGAUCACCAUUGAUAGUAAACCAAUCAAGUUACAAAUAGGGGACACAGCAGGUCAAGAAAUGUUCAGAUCGAUCACAAGAUCAUAUUAUAGAGGAGCAGCAGGUGCAUUGCUUGUUUAUGAUAUUACAAGGAGAGAAACAUUUGAUCACUUAGCUACUUGGUUAGAAGAUGCAAGGCAACAUGCGAGUUCGAGUAUGAUCAUUAUGUUAAUCGGAAACAAAUCUGAUCUAAGUAAGAAGCGCGUUGUAAGUACUGAAGAAGGCGAGAAGUUUGCGAAGGAGAAUGGUUUGAUCUUCAUGGAGGUUUCGGCGAAAAGUGCAGAAAAUGUUGAAGAAGCCUUCGUAAAAACAGCUGGAACAAUAUAUAGAAAGAUGAAACAUGGAGAAUUUGAUAAGUUGAAUGAAACUCAGGGAAUCAAAAUUGGAUAUGGUGAACCAUUGGUGGGUAGGGUUCAUAAGCUCUCUUCUGUUUUUGGUGGAAGCUGCUGCACUUGA